AAAGGCAAAAAAGAUUGUUGAAGAAGAUAAGAUGAAAGAGGUUGUUGAUAAAGGAAAGUUGAAAGAGGUUGUCAAUAAAAGAAAAGUGAAAGAAAUUGUUUAUGAAAAAGGUAAAACAAAAGAGAUUGUUGAUGAAAAAAUUAGAAAGAUGAAUAUUA